AUGAUGAAUCUGCCGGCAGAAGGAAAACCCCAAAUACAGCUGAUAUGCGAUCGGCUUAUUGACAGGUUUGCUGCUCGUCUUAAAGAAGAUUCUUCAUUGGAUAUUCCUUUAGAUACACAAGAAGAGUUUUUGCGGAUAUGGAGGGAAGGCACAGCUGAGAGGCUGCGGAAUCAGUCUUCUCUAUUCCCCCAAAAGGAAGGCGGAGUUUUCGGCUUGCAGUCCGACAGCUCGCCACGUGAAGAGAUUGAUGAUAGCAAGAAAGGACGAAUAAACCCUGGAGAAUCUGAUGAUGAGUUUGAAGACGCGAAUUGGGACACAUUAGGGUUUGAGACAUCGUUAGGAGAUAAUAGAUUGAGGGUUUGUGCAGAGGAAAUAAAAUAUAAAGAAGAAAUAAAAAAAAAAGAAAAAGAAAAAGAAAUAGAUAAUUCAAUGCAACAAAACCCUUUCUCUCCUGCUGCUCCCCCUCUUGAUGAUCUUACCCAACCUAUACGCAGCGAAGAAGCAGCAGAUAGAGUUAUUGGACACGUACACAAGAUAUCUAGGCCUGCAGAUUGUUCUCGUGCUCUUUCUUCCGAGCGUAGUUUGCAGUGGAGUCUAAUCAUUCGUAACGGCAUUAUAAAGAUCGCCGGGCAAGAAUUCGCAUUUGGCCGAUUAGAUGCGGAUCUAAAGGAGAUAUAA